AUGGUUGCUAUUCAAUUAAUGCAACAGAUUGUCGCUCAGUUCAUACUGUUACCUUUCCAUAGUCUACCCUGGAAGAUCGUGUCUUUCUAUGAAGAGUUGCCUUUACCGGGCUACGACUUCAGGGCUGUUGACAGCAACCAGGAGGAAUUGUGGAACUUCCCGCAGGUUUCGUUACACAGCCAUCAUCAUGAUUUGUGCCGUUUCACCUCACGCGAUGACCUUUCUUACGUCAAACUUCUCGAGUCGUUGCGAAAUAUCACUCUCGCACCCAGCGUUACAGACAAGCUCACGGUGCAUCCGACUCUUUCAGCAGCGGAGCACGAGGUGCUCAAAAGUCUCGAAUUUGAAGAUGCAUUCCCCAACACCCGAGAUGCCGCUCAGGGCACAUGUGAUUGGAUCCUCGAACACGAGGUCUACAGGUCCUGGAAAGAGCAGAGUUCUGGGUUGCUGUGGCUCCACGGCGGGCCAGGAACCGGCAAAAGUACCUUGAUGAAGCACAUUAUCAAGCAUGACUUGCCGGGAGGCACCACGAGCUCUACAUUGGGAGCUUAUUUCUUCUUCUCUCACAGCACCGCAAAUGGCUCCGUGACGAACCUUCUGAGGUCCUUCUUGUAUCAAAUCCUAAAGUCGACUCCGUCCUCCCUAACCUUCGAAAUAUUUGCCGCAUUUGCCGAGAGGAGGGAGCUCCUCGGCUCGGACUGGCCAUGA